CUUGUGAAACAACCGCUGGUUUUCUCCAAGUAAAAGCCACAUCAAAAUUUCAAUUUUAUAUUAGUAUUUUACUUUUUGCUUAGCUUUUUUUUUAUUUCACUCAUUUACGUUUGUCUCUUUCCCCGCUCUCUCGCUCUCGCCGCCGUCUGCGUAACGGUCUCCGGCCACAUUACGCCGAUCAACCUAUUCACUCCACCGUCGGUUCGAUAUCGUUUCUCUCCAAGUCAAUUUGAAGUAUUCCGAUUCGAUUACAUUCUCAUUCACUUUCCGAAAGCUUCUUCUACUCAGAAAGGUGUGCAAAAUGAUUGGAUCGUUUCUAACAAGAGGACUAGUAAUGGUAUUUGGAUAUGCGUAUCCUGCUUAUGAAUGUUACAAAGCGGUUGAAAAGAAUAAGCCUGAGAUGCAACAGCUUCGAUUCUGGUGCCAAUACUGGAUUUUGGUGGCUGCUUUGACAAUUUUCGAAAGAGUUGGCGAUGCUCUUGCUUCAUGGGUUCCACUAUACUGUGAGGCAAAACUGGCAUUUUUCAUAUAUCUUUGGUUCCCCAAGACCAGAGGAACUACAUACGUGUACGAUUCAUUCUUUCAGCCAUAUGUUGCAAAGCAUGAAAAUGAAAUCGACCGCAGCUUGAUUGAGCUAAGGACCAAAGCUGGGGAUCUGGCAGUGAUAUACUGCAGAAAAGCAGUGAGCUAUGGACAAACAAGAAUCGUAGAGAUCCUGCAUUUUGUAGCUCUCCAGUCAACACCAAAACCUAAGCCUAAGGAAAAGAAGCAGGCAGCAGCACCAGAAGAGGAAGAACAGAAACAACCGGAUCUUAAGGCGACGAGCCAAGCAGCUUCUUCUAAUCCUCAAGUGCGUCUGCAAUCGAAGAAACCACAGCUUGUAACCAAAGAACCUAUAUCACCAAAGCCUCUUUCAUCCCCACGUAAGCAACAACAACUACAAACAGAGACCAAGGAAGCAAAAGCAAGCGUGUCACAAACCAAACUCACUACUCUAACUCCACCAGGACCACCACCACCACCACCACCACCGCCACCAUCGCCCACAACCGCCGCGAAACGAAACGCUGAUCCAGCACAGCCAUCACCAACAGAGGCAGAAGAAGCGUCACAGACUGUCGCAGCUUUACCAGAACCAGCGUCUGAGAUUCAGCGAGCGUCAUCGUCGAAAGAGACUAUAAUGGAGGAAACACUAAGGAUCACUCGUGGGAGUCUGAGAAAAGCUCGUUCUGCGGGAGCACCGCGCUAAGAGAAUGAUUAAAAAAGAAAAGGGGAACACAUAAUUUUAAAUCUCUAACCCCUUUUGAUUGGUUUCUCUUUAAAACAGCAAUAAUGGUUUUUAUUUGGUUAUUUGUUGUUUUUAGUCCGAUGUAAAUUUCAGACUUCAGACUAAUAUUGGAUGUUGAUCUGUCCUUAGCUGAGUAAAACCACAAAAAAAGUUUUUAUAUACACAAGGAUCAAAA